AUGCUAUCGUCUUCACCAACAGUGACGGUAGAAGAUAGCAUAACAAGUUGUACCUCGAAUCUCACUUCACUCGAAUGCUCUCAAUCCUCCAACCUCACCAUCAUAUGCGGGAACCUCUACCAGAGCUCCAACGAUGACUACUAUUGCUCACUCAACCUCACUGACAAGUGGUACCACUGCACUGGAUGCAGCGCAAACUCUUCCGAUGACUUUCUAGUGAACUACCUCGGGGGUAGCGUCAGUGACUUCAUCAUCCGAGUUUCCAAUGCCCAGUGCAAUAUAACGAACACUGGACAUGAUGUGCUCUCCAUGUGCAAAGACGAGUUUAGUGACGACUUUGGUGCGGUGUCUUAUGAUUGGAGUUUUCUCUUUGUUGUGGUGUUCAUCAUAGCUGGUGGUUUGGGCAACAUUUUGGUGUGCCUCGCGAUCUUGUUGGACAGAAGACUGCAGAAUGUUACGAAUUACUUUCUGUUAUCGUUGGCGAUAGCUGAUUUGUUGGUCAGUUUGUUCGUGAUGCCUUUGGGAGCCAUACAGGGAUUUUUAGCUGAGUAUUUGCAUAACUCAUUUCAACUGGUUGGAUCUACAAUGCCAUGGUGGAACAGCGAAAAAUGGGCAGAUACACCUCCAUCUGUUGAAGGCGAACAGGUUCUAGUGGAGAAUCACGAAGUGAUGAUGCCGUACAGAAAAUGA